AUGCCGUUCGCCUGGACACACGAUCGGGCGGCUGCGCCUUCGACGUCGGCGGCCCCUUCAGGUCGUAUCUCGGCCUCUCCUACAGAGACGAGAAGAGCCAACGGCCAUCGUCGCGGCUUGCCACACUCUACUUCCCUUUCCUCAAAUGUCAGCGACUUCAGCACCAGUGGGCGAAGUGCUUCGGGCUCGCACUUCUCAACAGCACCACCACCUUCCUCGUUAUCUCUCGCCAAAGCUUCCACCUCUGCUGCGCUCGUCAGUACCGACGAGAGCGACGACUUUCGACGCUUCUUGGACGAGGCUCUGGCCAAAGACGAUCUGCAGCGGCGCAGGCAGGCGAAAAGAGCUGCAGCCAACCUUGCCGCUCCGGGGACUCAAGCUUCGAGAAGACCGGGGGCGGCCGAGUCUCUACGUAGGGUUGCCAGCUCUUCAACUCUAAACAGCAUCAACAGUCAACAGGCAGCAACUGCUCGAAUUGACCAGAUUCCAGCGCAGAGCAGCAGCAUGAGGCAAACGUCGACGUUGACCGCCGCUGCUGCUUCCAGAGCGCCGAGGUCGAUCUCGAACUAUUCAGUCACGUUCCGAAACCCUACCAGCCAAUUUUUGGAACAGCUGUCGGUUGAAGCGCAAACGCCCGAGCUGGGAAUCGACGAUACUCCGAUCAGCGGAAGGUCCGUCGACACCAAGAAUCACCUCACGGCUCUCGGCCAUGCAGCACAGCUUCAAAGUCGAAGCGCUUCAGCAUCGCACUCGACAAGGGCUGCGACGAUCAAGGGCAAAGCUCCUGCUGUACAACAGCCGACUCGUUCCUCCACUAUCGCGGUGGAGACUCCGACAGCGACUGCUUCCAGACCGACAAAUGCGGCUCCACAGCCAUCAGUAUCAGCUUCGCCACGGUCUCCACAGGCUGCUCCAACCAACACGCUUCGAAUCACCUCCCCAACUGUUCUGUCGCCUAGACGUAGGCCUCAGAGCUACAUCCACAAACCGCCUUCGGAGGCCUCUGGUGUUGUGUCGCCAAGAAAGUUGGGGGCUACAGGUUUGGGACACGGCCUACCCACCUCGCCAGGUACGUCGCCAAUACAAGCGAAGCGUAGCGCUGAUCAGAUGGAACGCAGCGCAUCGUUGCAGCCGAGCGCCAAAGACGAGGAGACCACGAACGAGCUGCCUGCUCAAGUUGUCCAACAGAGUCCAAAUCAGUCUGCAUCCCGCAGAAGGACAUGGUUCGGUCUCGGAUGGGCUGCUGAGUCGGAGGCGAAAACGCAGGAUCCACAGGACGAGCCUAUUCUUGCAGCGGAAGCGAUUAAGGACCAGCCGCCUCCUCCUAUGAAUGAAGACGAAGCUGCUUUCAGGAAGUCGCUCGGAUACCCUGACUCCAGCCAGUCAGCGGAUACGAAGGACGACGUGCCAAAGGUCUUCCCAGGAGGUCGAGAUUCCGAUGCAACAAUCAAGGCUGAGUCCCAGCUGGCUCAAGUACCGAUCAGAGAGAGACGCGCAUCUUGGCUACCUUGGCGAAGCGUUGCACCUCUUUCUGCCGGCGAGACGACGAGCUCUGCAGCUGAAGACAAGGUCGAUGGCUCUGCUCAACAGAAAGAACAGCAGCAGAGCGGCGAGCUCCAAGAAUCAGGGUCCGCAGCGUUUGGUGAAGCAAAGACUCAGGGAGAGUCGGCGGCUGCGGGCGACGAAGUGGAGGACACCGUCACGUACCGAACCGUAGUGAAACGAGGCUGGAUGGGGGCGCGCUACGAAGUGCAGGAGCCCGUCACCAAUUCGCGCGACGUCUUCAAUCAUCCCUCAGGAAACGAAGCGCAAGCCUCUGGAGACGGUACCGCAUCUACCCAAAGGAACGACGAGGAGCAAGCCGGGGCCCAAGCUUCUCAGUCACAGCCUGCUCAGCCUGCAGCGUUGUAUCCCCCGCCUGCUGCUGCAGGAGACGCGGACGCCCACGUGAGACAGACCAGCGGGACCUGGCGAUGGAGAUUCUGGUCAGGACACGAGGACCGGCCAGAAGUCGAACCCAUAUCCGCUGCUCAGCAGCUGCAAGUUCCAGACACUUUGUCCGCACCUCCAGCCGCUCCUGCCGAACAGGCGCGCACGGAGGUUGACACAGCCGUGCCCAUGGAUAUCGAUCAGGACGGCCCGGCGGCUGACGCGACAACAGUGCCGGACGGCGGCUCGUGGACGUAUUCGUCGUAUGUUGCUAGCUGGGUUCCCACAUGGGUGUACAACGCUCAACAGCAGCAGGAGGCCGCGGCCAGCGCUGAUGCUGCGCCGGCCGAGGAGGUGGACGCAGACACGGGUGCAAGACUUGCUGUCAGGACUGAUAAAGGCCACCCACGCACACCUGCUGAGCAAGUCAAGGCUGAUGCGCUUGCGCGCGAUACCUCUGCCGCCGUCUUCGACGCCAACAAGGCUGUUCUCAAUGACUCCACGCGUAGUGGCUGGAUCAAGUUCUUCGCAUCUCGCAGCGCCAAUCUCCCGCGAGAAGCACCUGAAGCUAUCACGGAUGGCGAUGGGGUGGAGGUGAUGGAUAUCAGCGAGAUGGAAAGUGCCGCUCGGCCCGCAGCGGCUCGCACCAUCGCACCGAGCAACGGUCGUCUCACGCCGGAUGUGUCUCGGGCGCCCCGACCUAGAACGACGACGGGAGGCAGCUUGGCAGGCUCAAAAGCAUCGUCCCUUGCUGGAGAUGCAGAAGCGCCUCGCCCGGCCACACCGCUGUCGACGAGCAAGGAGAGCGUCAAGAAUCUUACCAAGACGGCUAUCACCAAAGCAGCCAAUGUCAAGGCAGCUGCGAACUUGAGUCUCGGGAAAGGAAAGCGAGGAGAAGCAUCUCAGUCGGGCGGUGCCGAUGCUGGAAGCAGCUCGCAGCCGGCAAAAGAUAUCAGCAAGAAAGUUGCGCCUAAUGGUUCUGGACCGUCUCGAUCCGGCGCUUCCACUCCGACACGGUCCGCUAACGGUCCUGGACCCAUCGCUCCGGCGAAUUUGGUGUUGCCAUCAUUCGAUGACACGUUCGCAAGAGCGCCGAGGAUGUGGGCCCCCAAGGUGGGAGUGCUAGAGAGGACGCUCAGUGCGGUCAACAGCUAUCUAUUCAGCAAGGUGCCCGAUCUGGAGCGUAUGAAGCGACCGACGCGCUUCUCGACGUACGGCGAGUCUAGCCUGGGGUCCAGUGCAUCGUCUUUCAAGGGAAAUGCGGCUUCGUUCGCAGGUGGCAGGCCAGUGCAACGGCUGGCAGGUAAAGCCAAAGCCACCGGGGCAGGGUCGAGCAAGGACAAGGGUGUCGAGACGGCUCUAAAAGAAGUUGCGGAGUCGGCCCAGCGUCUUCCUCGUGCCUGGUCGACAGUCGGCAUGCCCGAACGAGCGCAGACGAGGGGCACGGCCGGAACUGGCAAAAUCGUCGUCAUCGGUGUGCACGGUUGGUUCACACAGAGCAUCUUCAAAAACAUGAUUGGCGAGAAUACGGGAACGUCGGCCAAAUUUGCGGCCAUGCAGACCGACUCGAUCCGUCGGCAUUUCCUGGAAGCUGGGCUGGAGCUGAAUCCGGAGGCGAUCACUGCGAUCUCGUUGCAAGGCGAUGGCAAAGUUGCCGAUCGUGUAGACCGCUUAUUCUCGGAGCUGAUCAGCAGGCCCAAUUGGGUGAACGACCUCAAGACCGCCGACGCGAUCUUCCUUUCCGCACAUUCGCAGGGUGCCAUUGUUGCUACGCAGCUUCUUGCCCGUCUGAUCGAGCAACGUCAUGUUCGAGCAGAAAGCACACGCAUCUGCCUGCUCGCCAUGUGUGGUAUCCACCAUGGUCCCUUUGCGCACCUCAAGUCUUCCAUCACGGCCAGCUACAUCAACUACUUCGAGACUGCAGCUGCCAAGGAGCUGUUCGAGUUCCAAUCGUCGUCUACCGCUGUUGCUCAACAGUACACGGCAGCACUCAAGAUCGUGCUAGACGCUGGCACCAAGUGCGUCUAUGUCGGGUCGACGGAUGACAAUGUGGUACCGAUCUAUUCGGCGCUGAAUUCGAGCAACAAUCAUCCGAGCAUCUUGCGCGCGCUUUACAUCGACGGGCAGGCGUUCCCCAAGGUCGAUUUCCUGACGAAUCUGCUGGUGCUAUGCGUGGCGGUGAGGAAUGCUGGGCUGAGCGACCAUAACUUGUUGACCCUGUUGUCGGCAAGUGUGGCGGGCAGUUUGUAUGGUGGAUUAGGACAUUCUAAAGUGUAUGAGGAGAAGGCGGUGUAUGAUCUGGCGACGAGAUACUUGUUCGAGGUGACGCAUCCGUUGAACGAGCCUACGUUUGUACCUGGUCCGCCGGGUAUCAGUACGAACUCUUCCGCUUCGGGAGCGGGAUCAUCGACGGCGCGCCGUGCAGCAGGUGCAGACGAAGGCAAAGCAGUGACGUUGGUCUCGGAAGCAUUCGAGGCUCAACGUUGGAACCCUUACGAACUGCCGUGGUCGCUUCGUGGCCUGUUCGAGGACAAACACGUUCGCAGUCUGUUCGCGGAGGACAUGUUGAAUCUGUUGCAAAGCUACGAUGAGUGGAAACCGGAUAGCAAGAGCAAAGCGUUGAAAGAUCUACAGUGGAGGUUGGCGCCGGUGAAGAGCAUCAAGCCGCCCGAGGUUGAGGCCGAUGAGGAGGAGGGAGGCGGAGGAGCGCAGAGUGGAGAUGCGAAGGAGACGGAAGCGGCUACUGCGGGGUCUGGGAAAGGGUCUAAGCUCUGA